GCGCCAUAAAUCAUCCCAUUCCCCAAGAGCCCUUUUGCAAAGUUGGAAUUGGAUGGUAACCGGUAACCGGCGGCAAGGAGAAGAUUAAAAUCAGUUUAUAAAACCGGACAAUUGGAGGAAACGGAUAAUACGUAAGAGGUUGGGAAGGAAAUCGAAAAGGGAAGGGCGGUUCUAAAUGGGAAACAAAUAUUGUCAUCUGAAGAGGUAAAAAAGCCGUCACCGUCUGCCGCCGCUGCUUGUUCUCAACCAGGAGGAAGCCGGUGCGGAGGGCUUCACGGAACGGAAAAGAAUCGAGAUUUGCUGCCUUAAAUCCGCCAUCGAUGCUUUAAACUUUGAGGGGCCUUGCCUCCUGACAGUUUUCUCAUCGCCAGGGGGCUUCGACAGAGUAGAUGACGAUGAACAGAAAAUCGGAGAAAUUUUAUGCUGAUUUUGUUAUGGGAGGGACGGCAGCGGUGGUUUCCAAGUCUGCUGCGGCACCAAUCGAGCGUGUGAAGCUUUUGUUGCAGAAUCAAGGUGAAUUGAUUAAGAGAGGGCAGUUGAGAAGACCCUAUGUGGGCAUUGGGGAUUGCUUCAGCCGGGUUUUGAAAGAAGAAGGCUUUUUGUCAUUUUGGAGAGGUAACCAGGCCAAUGUCAUUCGCUAUUUCCCAACUCAGGUAAUGCCGGGUUGUCCUCAGGCUUUCAACUUUGCAUUUAAAGGUUACUUCAAAAGCUUAUUGGGACGGUCGAAGGAGAAAGAUGGAUACACAAAGUGGUUUAUCGGGAAUGUCGCUUCAGGUAGUGCUGCUGGAGCCACUACAUUGUUGCUUCUCUACCACUUGGAUUAUGCACGUACCCGUCUGGGGACUGAUUCAAGGGGAUCCCGUCAGCGCCAGUUCAAAGGAUUACUUGAUGUGUACAGCAAAACUUGGUCAAGUGACGGCAUUGUAGGGUUGUAUAGAGGAUUUGGGGUUUCAAUCAUUGGGAUAACACUGUAUAGAGGCAUGUACUUCGGGAUCUACGAUACCUUGAAGCCAAUUGUAUUGGUGGGAUCCCUGGAGGGAAGCUUUUUAGCCAGUUUCCUGUUAGGGUGGAGCAUCACUACCGUCUCAGGGGUCUGUGCAUACCCUUUUGACACCGUAAGGCGAAGAAUGAUGCUAACUUCUGGACAACCAAAUAAGUACCGCAAUGCUGUACACGCACUGCGUGAGAUCGUCCAUGUUGAAGGCUUUGCUGCUCUGUUUCGAGGAGUAACUGCAAAUAUGCUUCUUGGUGUUGCUGGUGCUGGAGUUCUUGCAGGUUACGAUCAGCUGCAGAGAGUUGCGCAUAAACGUGGCCAUAUGUUGGACCACCAAGGCCAAACUGUGCUCAAAUGA